AUGAGCUUCCUGCAUGAUCCACCUAGGGGCCAGUCAAUUCCGGUGUUCAGAAUCAACCUAUCGCUUCCUCCAGAAGAGCGCUAUGUAUCACUCGCAAGACUCUACAAGGACAAGGCGCAAUCAGUGACAGGCAUCUUUGACAAGGUGAUCCAUGAAGUAUCCCCAAGGAUUCCCACAAAGCUAGUUCACUGGCUCGCGUGGCUUUUCUUGCGCAGGUUAUACACAAGCGAAGAGACGGCUGAAAUUCGAGGAAUCAGUCGCGAGACCGGAAUCGCUCUUUACCUACUGGUCUCUCUGAAUGUUGUUCUGGAUCUGUUAAUGGGAUGCACCAGUGGCGGUGUCAGAGUGGGAGAUGGAGCAGAAAUUAAGAUGGUGCAUUUCCGGACUCUGGAUUGGGGAAUGGACCCCCUACGAGAUCUGGUGGUGCAGCUGGAAUUUGUCAAAGAUGACGCCCCUGACAAGGUCCUUGCAACGAGUAUCACAUAUGUUGGCUUUGUGGGGAUACUCACCGGUGUUCGAAGGGAUCUGAGCGCUUCACUAAACAUGAGAGCUGUGCAUGAUUCUCGGCGGAAUGCAGCCUUCUACUUCAAUCAUUUCCUAGUGUUGGUGGGGAUUCGGCAGUCAAUUUCAUCGUUACUCAGACAGAUCAUUCUACCGGGGUCGGAUAUCCCUCACGAUCGACUCUCGAAUGUCUCAACAAUUGAUGAAAUUAUCGAGAAGGUCCCAGGUAUUCCCACUACAGCAGCUUAUCUCAUCUUCUGCGAUGGGCUUAAGACUUCGACGUUGGAAAAAGACCUUUGCUCGGCAGUGAUUCGCUCCUCUAAUUCUUUCGUCAUCACAACAAAUCAUGAUCAAAAUUCCAACUCUGCCACCGCUGAAGCCAUGGAAGAUGAAGGGAGUCACACAGGGUUGCGACUGGCUGGUGCUGAGCAAACCCUAGGAGAUUUCAUCGACGAAAGCAAAACGCGACAAGCCUGCAUGCAAAAGAAAUGGGACCGGCGGGUCCAGAAGCAUGAAGCUAUUCAACCAGGACUUAGAAACAAAGGCAAAAAGGCGGCCUUUCAGCCUCGAAGCGCGCAUUCAAUGAACCUGAGACAAAGGCAGGUCAUAGCGACUGGCGGGGACCCAAUCUCUGAGCCCGAGAUUGCCAUCACACAGGACACAGCACUCCGGUGGCUUUGGUCAUAUCCGAUUGUCAAUGAAGACACUCAUUAUUCUGUGCUUAUGGAUCCAGUAGAAGGUAGCUUUAUCUACGCUGGGUUGUUUCCAGUGCUUCCAGAAGGGGACGGCGAAAUACCUUGGAUUAUUUGA